AGCCAUUGGCUCAAAUUAGCCAUCGCGGACAAACCACAAAGCAAGGCCUUGGUCAAUGCCUAUCACAGCAGAGCAGUUUGCUACAACGCUGGAAAACAUGUCAAGGGCUUGGGAGGCGCUUCCAGAAGAACACAGGCUACCAAAGGAUGAAGAAAAGUCCUUCUACGAUGAUUGCCAGCAAACAUGCGAAGAGAUGAUUGCUCGAUGGCAUUCUGGAGAAUCCUCACACCCGGACAGGGAGCUCUUGGCUGCGGAGUACCCGGAUUCUGAAGCUGGUCGAAGACAGCUUCAACUUGAUCUCUUCAGCCCGGAGGUCAAAGACGAUCCUUUUGUUCAAGCAGCUGAUCUAAAGCUACGGCUUAUUAAGUACACUGGCCCUUCCAGGAAGUGAGGCUUUCACUGCUAUGUGGAAGGAAGGCUUCGGUACUGUACAACACUGAAGCCGCACUGUACACUCAAGCCUGCAAAGGCCUCCAACCUUGUAGCGAUGACCUCCAACCCAACAAUAGCUUCAAUACACUUGUGUUGAUAUGAAGCCUCGCAAAGUGGCCGAAUAAGUCAUUGAGGCUUCUGACUCACCCUGAAAAGCGGUUUGCGAAGACCCAUGAGGCAAAGACACCGUCUCACAGGAGGCAAAGAGCCUCAGCUUAGCAUCCCCGUGCGAUAAAUUGUGCUUCUGCAUGGAGC